ACUUAGUUUCACUAUUUAAAAAUAAAAGCUUAUACAUCAAAAUUGAGACAUUCGAUGAUUCAGUUCUUUAUAAAUUAUUGCCUGGCCUAACCUAUUUGUCAUUAAACUUAAAGCUUAAUCGUGUUUAAAUACCCCAACAAAAAUUUAAAGCCCUUUUAUUUGGAAGUUUGUCAGACAUAAUUCUAAGGCUUAGCACCAAAUAAUAUUUACAAUAUUAUUACUAAAUUAUUUUAUUUCAAGUCUCACCAGCGUGACGUAGUUUCUACUGCCUGUGCUGGUGAAACUGCAGUGUAACUAUCGAUAAUUAGAAAUUUAUUUGAUAAUCAGUAUUUUAACAUUUUUAGUUUUGAACCUGUCGUUUCCAGUGUUUUUUGAUGAUAAAAAUGCAAUUUUCAAGAACAACAAUCCUCAAUAAAGUUAAGGAAAAUCACACUUCAAUCAAGAAAUAAGGAUAAGAAAAAUGAAAGUUCCAUAAAGUUGGUGCAUUAGUCAUGGACUGUUCAGAAUUAAAUUGUCAUGAUGAUCAUUCUUCACUUGGAAACAUGGAAUCAGACAAAGAUUCAAAAUCAUUAGUGAUAGAUAUUCAGCAAUCACUUAAUGAUAAUACUGUCAAUGAUUGGAACCAAAGUAAUGACUUUAGUGAUUUAGAAAAAGAUCUUAAUGUUGACCAAAGUGUUAUUGUAUUGGAAAAUGGUGAAAAACGUUGGAAAUGUAGUCUGUGUUUAAAGCUUUACACUGCUAAACACAAUCUUGUAACUCACAUGCUUGAUCAUGCAGGUGUCAGAAGGUUUACCUGUGAAAUUUGCAAUAAGUCUUUUAAACAGCAGAGCCAUCUAAAUGCUCAUCAUCUGAUACAUUCAGAUAGAAGACCGCAUGAAUGUCCAACAUGUCAGAGGAGGUUCUGUCAAGUAUCUCAUUUGAAACGACACAUGUUAAUUCAUCAAAGAGAAAACUUUCAUAAGUGUCACUUGUGUGAACGUAGAUUUGCUUUUCCAAGUGAAUUAAAAGAGCAUUUGGAAAAGCACAAGCAAGAAAGUACAUGUGGGGAGAGUGAAGAUCGGAAUUUAAAUCCUACAGUGGAGUCUAAAGGAGGACAGCAGGGAAAGUUACAUCAGAUCACAUGUGAAGUUUGUCAACGCGUUUUUAUGUAUCCCAGUCAGUUGAAGGAUCACAUGCUUGUUCAUACGCAGGCCCGUCAUCACUCGUGUAAUAUGUGCGGAAUGAAAUUCUUGAAAGAACAUCAUUUGAAGACUCACCAACUGACUCAUAGUCCAGUGAAACCUUUCUUUUGUCCCAUAUGUGGGCGAAGUUUUUCACUUAAAGCAAACAUGGAAAGGCACGUAUUAAUUCAUAAUGCUGAAAGACGCUUUCCUUGUGAAGUAUGUGGAAAGAAGUUCACUCAAGCUCAAACAUUAAGAGCUCACAUGGUUUCUCACUCAGAAGUCAAGCCUUAUUCGUGUUCUAUUUGUGGUAAAGGUCUAUCCAGAGCACAUAAUCUUCGUGCUCAUAUGGCCAUUCACAAAAAUGACAAACCCCACAAGUGCUCUAACUGUGGAAGCUCUUUUACCCUCAAAGGUAAUUUACAAAGACAUAUGAAAGAGAAGCAUGGAAGUGUUGAAGUAGUGACACCUAGAGAAACAGCAAGCGAUAACGUUGAAUUGGGUAGUUCCCAGACAAAUUCUGGUUCAAAUGAUGCUGUUAAACCAACUCAACCAGUCACACUUUCUCAGGAUUGCCACCAACCACAAAAUGAACUAACACUUAAAGUCACUAAGCGAAGAAAGAACAUCCCUAAGCGGCUGAAAAAAUUUGGUAGUGAGGAAGAAGAAGAAGAAGAUGAUGAUGAUGAUUAUGAUCCUAUGCAAGAAUCUGAUAAGUCUAUUGAAGAAGAAACAGAAAAUGGUGCUCAGUCAGUUCCUGUUGUCCCAGAGACAAUUCUUUCCACAGAAGAGAACAGCCUUCAUCAGUCCUCCAGACUGGCAGAUUUAUUUCAGAAUUCAUCUAACUACUUUCCAUCUUACUCUGCAACUGACUUUUCUUCUGAACACAAAUCAUUUUCUUAUCUUCAUCCAACAACACAUGGUCAAGGCUCUGUGGGCACUACCCCAUAUUGUUCCGUAAGCUCUAGUCCCAUCAUCAGUACAAGCCCCAUAAGUUCUAUCAUGAGUCAUUUGGCACAGAAUUACUAUAUUGAACAUCCAGGAUUUUCUUCUACAUGUCUUUCACCUCCUGUUGAUGAUAUUACCUUGAAAAUUCAGGCUGUGCAUACGGCAAUAGAUGAGUUGGCAGGAAAACUGAAUUCUCCUCAUGACAAAGUUGCUGCUCUGCAUGAUGCUGUCAGUAACUUAGUGAACUCACAAACAUCAUCAAAUGUGUGUCCAUAGUAGUUUUAGGCAAUUAAACAUUUUAAUUUUAUUAUAUUUUAAGAUGUAAAAUAUCAGUUUCUGCAUUUUUUGUAAUGAGUUCAUUUUGCUUUAAGAGGUGGUGGUUUGUGCCAAACCUGAUUUCUGUAUUGGAAUAAUUAAGAAAAGGAUUUACAUAUUUUGCAGCUAGAUUUUAACAUCCCAAUGAUAGUGGGUCUUCUUCAAAUAUUUUUUUGUGCUCUGUUAUUUUUACCUCCUAAAUUAUGCACCUGCUUCUGUAUUUUAGAUACCCAACAUUUUAAAAAUUAAUUACUCGCAUAUGUAUAGUCUGGUAAAAUAUGAAAGUUCUUACACUUUAAAAGGUAAUGAUAAGCUACUGCUGUUUUUCACAUUUUCUUCAAAGGUUUUAAAUCGAAGUUGUUUGAAAAUACUUUUUCAGAUAUACUUGUCUGUCUGUCAUAAGUCACUGCCCUGGAAAACUUGAUUAACCCUUUGAGUGCGUGAUUAAAUUUCGGGUGGGUUCUUGAAAAGUGUCAAUUAUCCACUAAAAUAUGAAAUUUAGAAUUUGACCUUUUUUUAUUACUUUUUCAAUAUCAAAAUCCACUAGCUGUGCUUUUGCAAGGUGAUGUGUGCAUAUGUGGAACUAAGGUGGGAAGUUCAAGAACGUACGAGUAUCCCAGUUGUCACACUAUGAGGUAAAGUUUUUGAUGACGGUGGGGUAAAUCUGCUUGUCACACCAAACGGCUAUAAAUGUCAAGUUGGAUAAAUCCAAUUAUAGCAUCCAAAGGGUCAAUGUAAGAACUUUUUUUGGUUCAGUUGAACCCACAGUCACCAAAAGUUUAUCAGUAUUGCUAAAAAAAAAACUAUUGUUUUGAUGUAAUCAGUGUAAUGCAAAUUUAUAAAGUUCAAAAGAAAAUAUUUACAUAAUCAAUUUUAACAUUAUUUGCAUAUACAAAAAAAAAAAAAUGUUAGGGAGCCGAAUCAAGUCUUAAUAUUCCCCGAUACAGUACUUACCUCCGCUCACAAGAUCAGCUAUUCUCAUCCAGUGUUGCCCUCUAUAUGCAAACUUUUUUAUUUAUGCAUGUCACAAGCCUUCUGCUUCCCCCUAUUGGAAUCAAAUGGCUCCAAUGUAUGUGUCAUGCAAAUCAUCAUGUUAUUGGUUGAUUCUGAAUCUAUAUUUUUUUAUUUUUCUUGAAUAACAUUCUUUAUGUAUCUUUACUCACUCUGAUGGGAUCAGUAACAUUUAGUUUUAUGUGCAUAUUGAGGAUGAAGUUUUGAGCAGGCUUCUGUUCAGAUGUAGGUUAUACGUUUACACACAUAUUUACAAUGUUUAAUCACAAGUUUAAAUAUAUUUAUUAACAGCUAAAUUUUUUUUAACUAUUACUUGUA